AAAUUAUCCUAUUGUGGCUCACACAAGACAGCUCAUUCAUUCAUGUUUGUUGAUAACAGCUUGUACACUAACACUAAGCUGGGUGUAAGAGGGGGAAAUACAGGCCAAGUUCGGAUAUAGUUUGUGUCUACUUUGUGGAGUGCAUGUACAAUGGAGGAGGUGAAGGAUGAUCCCCGGGAGCCGCAGACGCUCAAGGCGGGGGACCGCGUGCUGGUGGCCGUCGACGGCAGCGAGUACUCCGACUUCGCGCUCCAGUUUUACAUGGACCAAAUCCACAAGCCUGACAACGAGGUCAUCAUGGUCCACUGCACCGAGCUCAAAUCUAUCACAUACCCCGCGGUUGCCAUGAUGACGGGCGACCCCUCCUCAAUGGCCACCGAGGAGAUCGAGAGCGAGGAGCAGAAGACGACCGCCCUAGUCGAGGCGCUUUCCAGGCGCAUAGAGGAGCUCAAGAUUAACGGCCACACGGAAGCGAUCCACGGUGAACCGGGACCGGCCAUCUGCAGCCUGGCGCACGACAAACACGUUGACUACAUCGUGGUCGGAUGCCGGGGCAAGGGCGCCGUACGGCGGACACUGACCGGAAGUGUGACAGACUUUAUCGUGCACCAUGCGAAGGUUCCCGUGAUGGUGGCGCGGCACAAGGACCACUUAGAGAAGCACGGCUUCCAUCUGCACAACCCGUUCCACCGCCACCACAAGAAGAGCGAGAGCGAAGACAAGAAAUAGCCGGCUAAUGUAUACGUACAAACGUACAUGUACCUAAAAGCAAAACGUACAUGGAAAAAACUGAAUGCUGAUUAGUAGUACCAGUAUAAAAUUUGUACAUAUAUUAUAAUAAUUCGUGUGUAAUAGACUGAGAGAUUUAUCUCAAUACAAUCCGAUAUUUCCACAUGAUCUUCCCAGUUUUAUAUGGGCCGUUAAUAUUAUUUUAAAUGCAUUUAUUCUGAGCACAAUAUACAUGACAUGUUUCGCUCAAAAGUCUCAAGUGCAAAUGCAUUAUCAGGAUCUAGUGAAUUUAAUAAAAUAUAAAACGUG